CCGUCCGGCCGGGCCAUGGACGCGCGCCCCGAAGGCCCCGACGCGGAAUCCGGGUCGGACCCACGAGACGCGCGGGAGCCCGGGCGCCCUGGGAGCGUGCGGCAGCCGGAGCCGGGCCCGGGAGCACCUGCUCUGCGGCGGGACGCAGGUCGGCGGCCGCCCCCGAUGGCGCCGGGCCCCGCAGAUCCCGGCCCGGAGCUGCCCCAGACGCCUCCGGAGGCGGCCCCAGAGCCCCCCGGCCUCCAGCCAGGGCCGCGCGGGGAGUCCGCGGGCUUCCCCCAGGCCCGACGGGAGCUCGACUCGGAGCCGGCCCCCGGGUCUCCGCGACACCAGCCGGGGCUGGGCCCCCCGGAGCCUCACCCGGAGCCCCCGCCCCCCGGCUCCCCGCGGGGUCAGCGCGAGCCGAGCCGGCCGGCCCCGGCCACGCGCACGGGGAGCAGCGACCUCGGGGCGAAGAAGCGGACAGGCCCUGCCGCCCACGCCGCGGCGUCGAAGAAGCUGAAGGAGGUGGAGGCGGCCCUUGUAAUCCCCAAGGGAAAGCCCCAGUCGGGGCGGCUGUGGAAGGACGGCUCCAAGAAGAGGUUCUCCCAGAUGGUACAGAGCAAGCCCCUGCGUACAUCCUGGCAGCAGAAGAUGAAGGAACGGCAGGAGAGGAAGCUGGCCAAGGACCUCGCCCGGCAUUUAGAGGAGGAGAAGGAGAAACGCCAGCAGGAGAAGAAACAGCGCCGGGCUGAGAACCUGAAACGCCGCCUGGAGAAUGAGCGGAGGGCAGAGGUUGUCCAAGUGAUCCGAAACCCCGCCAAGCUCAAGCGGGCAAAGAAGAAACAGCUUCGCUCCAUUCAGAAGAGGGAUACGCUGGCGCUGCUGCAGAAACAGCCGUCCCAGCAGCCAGCAGCCAAGAUUUGAGCUCAGGACAACCCAGAAGUCUCCUGUGACCAACCGCUAUGUCAGACUCGGCACUUGCCGGGCCAGUGGUCACACGCCUCUGUGGGAUGUGGUACUCCAACACUAGUGCCACCCUCCUCCACCCCAGAGAGGCUAUAGGCCUUUGAGGGCUCUCAAGCCCUAGGAAGCCAGGAGCCUGGCAGAACUAGAGGAGGGAACAGGUUCAGCCCACCCCUGCCUCCUUCCUCUUUCAUCAAGUGCCUUACAACCACAAAGAGUCAGUUCUCUGGUUCCUUGGGAGCUGACAGCUGGAGGGUGACUCUUCAAAAUGUGUAUUUCUGUCUCAAGGUCACAGGUUCGCCCCUGACCAGGAGACUGCAGUCAGGAACCAGUUCCCCUUGCACCAUCCCAGAGGCUGCCUUGGGCAUCUCUGCAGCCCACUGACCCUGUCACCCAGCUGUUGGAACCCGGUUUCCCCGAGUUUUCAACAUGGAAGGGUGAAGGAGGUUGCGGGGAAUGACGUUCCCCGCCCCCCCCAGCGCGCUCUCACCUCUCUUGGACUGUGAGAAGGCUACCUGGGCAUCUGAUUCACUCAGACCAUUCAGUCUGUAAUAAAAAUAUUUAUUGAACACCCAUUGUGUACAGGCACAAUUCUAGGUAUGGGGAAUACAGACAGAGGCCCCUGCCCACAAAGGGGCAUUUUUCAUUCUGAUGGAAAAAAACCUAAUAAACAAGGAAAUAGUAUUGUGUA